UAGCCGUUUACGUCCGUCAUCUCUCACGCGGCUCUAAAACAAAUCUCAUGCGCCAUCAUCCGCCCGCGCCACCAUCCCCAUUCACUCGUCCUCGCGCGCAGAGGCGCACCGCUUUGGCGGAGUCCUUUGCCGGGGACGAGUAUCGCGGGGCAAGCACGACGCAUCUCUAUGAAGGAAGCUUCCGCUGAAUGGGGUGGGGACAUUCAGGGUGGCUGAAGCCGAGGCGAGAGUAGACGAGAGAGAGAGGAGACGCAGAGUGACGAGGAAAAGGGGAGAGGAGAGAGAGUGAGCGGGUCGCCAUUUUGAAAGGCCAAGUUGGACAACAGGCCGGCUGCCUUCAUGUCUGCUCCUGUCAGUAAGAGAUCUGCUGCAGGCUCACACAGUUUUGACUAUUGCAGGUUUAUAGAGCUAGACUACAUUCCCAUGGAGACGGGCUAUAUGGUGUCCAUGCGGCCCACGCAAGGAUAUCUGGCACACAACUCUCCUGAGCGCCACUGCCGACGGUCCCCAGCCCCAGUGAGCAGCAGAGAUCCCUAUGGCAACGCUUCUCUCAGCAGCAGCAGCAACUCGGGGUCUUGCAAGGGCAGUGACUGCAGCCCAACAUCCAGGCGUAACGUGAAGUACACGUCCUGCACAGACAACCACGGCAUCCGCCCCCCUCCCCCGGAGCAGUACCUGACCCCCCUGCAGCAGAAGGAGGUGUGCAUCCGACACCUGCGUGCUCGCCUCAAGGAGACUGUCGAUAGGCUGCAGGACAGGGACUCAGAGAUCGAUGAGUUGCGGACGCAGCUGUCGCGCAUGCAGGAGGACUGGAUCGAGGAGGAGUGCCACCGCGUGGAGGCGCAGCUGGCGCUGAAGGAGGCGCAGCAGGAGAUCCAGCAGCUGAAGCAGGUGGUGGACGUGGUGCGCUGCAGCCUGGGGACCCACCCGGACACUGGCAUGCAGAAGUGCUUCCAGGACAUCAACCUGCAGAACCACAAGCUGGAGACACUGCUGCACAGCAUGGAGCUGGCACAGACUGGCACCGCGCACAAGCUGCCGCUGCCACCCGGGGAGGUGGCGCUCAGGGCAGCGGUGGGCGAGGCCGUGGGGGGAGGGGGGGGUCCGGCUGCGGUGCCGGCGGAGCUGGAGGUGGGCGAGGGCCAAGCGGGGGGGUCAUGUGACGGCUCUCCCGACCGCUCGCUCACCCGCAGUUCCACCUACACCAAGCUCAGCGACCACGCCCCCCGGGACCGCAGCAGCUGCGGCAGUGGCUGCGGGAGUGCGUGCGGCAGCACGAGUGGUAGCGUACGCGGCGGCGACGACUUCCCCUGCCUGUCGGCCGAGGGCACACAGGACAGCGGCUUCGUGUGCUGUGGAGAGAGUGCGGCCGCCAACCACGCCGACCUGCUGCUGGAAGCCGCCUUCCUGUCCAAGGAGACGGCCUCGCUACUCAGCUCCUACCGCCUGCCCCACGCCUCCACCUACGAGCGGCUGGUGCCACUGCACUGCGGAACGGGCCCAUCGGCCAGCGCCAGCCACCCCUGCCUGUCCCACCACCACCUCUACCUGCACCACCUGCGGGAGCAGGCCAUCCAGACGGACUGCGCGCCUGCGUCGGCUCCUGCUCACGGCUACGGGCCCGCGGCCUCGGACCUGGAUACCAUCGCCGAGCAGCGCACCUUCCGCUCACAGGCCUGCAGCCCCACCUCCACCUGGUUCUCCGAUGAGGGCGAUGACCUGGACCUCACCACGGUGUCCGUCACCACCACCACCAUGACGGCCACCACCACCGCCCCCGAGGCUGCGUCAGUGCUGCUCCCCAUCGACCCGCCAUCAGAGCUGCCCCUGCCCCUGGACCCUCCAGACCCGCCAUCAGAGCUGCCCCUGCCCCUGGACCCUCCAGACCGGCCCUUACCCAGCCCCACCUCCUCCUCCGAGGCCCCUCCCCAGACCUCCCAGCCCCGGAGCGUGGGCUCCCCUGUGCCGUCCAGCGAGGCCCUAGUGGAGGCCGGCGUGCUGGUGGUGGAGGAGGAGGGGGGGGAGAGUGAAGCGGCAGGUGAAGCGGCAGGCUCCUCCCCCAUGGGUCCGCCGGUGAAGAGCUACUGGAGCCGCCACUUCCUGGUGGACCUGCUGGCCGUGGCGGUCCCCAUGGUGCCCACGGUGGCGUGGCUGUGCCGGGCGCCGCGUCGCGAUGGUCAGCCGCUCUACCACUUCGGCUCGCUGCUGCGGGGCUGCUGCACGGUGGCCCUGACCUCCCUGGGCGGGCGCUGGGCUUGCGGCGGCGGCACUAUCCGGGGGGGGAGGAGGACCCCCCGGGGCGCAGAUCUGAGAUCAGCAGGAGCCGCGGCUGAGACUGAUUUAGCCUCUAGUCCCUGCUCCUGA